AUGAUGGAUUAUACUCAUAUGAACCAUGAGCAGGUGCAGCAGCAGCAGCAGCUGCAGGCUGCAACGGUUCUAUGUUGCAAUUGUGGUGUUCCCAUCGAUGGGUCCGGAGGCCUGGUGAUGUGUUAUGACUGUAUUAAAAUGACAGUAGAUAUCACAGAGGGUAUUCCAAGAGAAGCGAACAUUUCUUUUUGUAGAAAUUGUGAGAGGUUCUUGCAGCCACCUGGACAGUGGGUGAGAGCAGAGCUGGAGUCCAGAGAGUUGUUGGCUAUCUGUUUGCGUCGUUUGAAAGGUCUGACCAAGGUUAGAUUGGUAGAUGCGUCUUUCAUAUGGACGGAACCACACUCGAGACGUAUCAGGGUGAAGCUCACUGUUCAAGGUGAGGCCAUUGCAAACACUAUUAUUCAGCAAACUUUCGAAGUUGAGUACGUGGUGGUUGCCAUGCAAUGUCCAGACUGUGCGCGGUCGUAUACCACCAACACAUGGAGGGCGACAGUACAAAUCAGACAGAAGGUCCCUCAUAAGAGAACAUUUUUGUAUCUGGAGCAGUUGAUCUUGAAACACAAUGCUCAUGUCGACACCAUCUCUAUCAGUGAAACAAAGGACGGCUUAGACUUUUUCUACGGACAGAAGAACCACGCGGUGAAGAUGAUCGAUUUCCUGAAUUCGGCUGUUCCUAUCAAGCAUAAGAAAUCUGAGGAACUGAUCUCGCAGGAUGUUCACACGGGCAGCUCAACCUAUAAGUUCUCCUACUCUGUGGAGAUCGUGCCAAUCUGUAGGGAUGAUCUUGUGGUUCUGCCCAGCAAGUUGGCUAAAUCGCUGGGAAAUAUUUCACAGUUUGUUGUCUGUUCUAGAGUCACGAAUACAGUGCAGUUUCUGGACCCUAACACAUUGCAGACCGCUGAUUUGUCUGCUCAGGUAUACUGGAGGACCCCGUUCAGCUCAUUGGCUGACGUCUCGCAACUGGUUGAGUUCAUUGUGCUCGAUGUCGAACCCACGGGCGUGAGCAGAGGGAAGAACGUUCUUGCUGACAUCACAGUAGCAAGAGCCGCGGACCUCGGUGUCAAUGACCAGGAGUACUACGUUAGAUCCCACUUGGGUGCCCUAUGCCAUGCCGGUGAUAGCGUCAUGGGCUAUUUCAUCGCCAACUCUAACUACAAUUCCGACCUAUUUGAUGGACUGAAUAUCGAUCAGGUUCCUGACGUGGUUCUGGUCAAGAAACUUUACCGUAGAAAGACCAAGAAAAACAGAAACUGGAAGUUGAAGAGAAUGGCAAGAGAGCAUAAAGAUAUUGAUGCUUCUCAGGACUACAGUUCUAGGACACAGAAGCAAGAGAUGGAGCGUGCCGAAAGAGAUUAUGAAGUUUUCUUGCAAGAAUUGGAAGAGGACUCUGAGUUAAGACAAAGCAUCAACCUUUACAAGAACGUCCAGCAGACGUACCCAUCGCAAGAGCAUGAGAUGGAUGAGGACGAUGAUGAGGAUGCUCCACAGAUCGAUAUCGAUGAGUUGUUGGACGAGCUUGAUGACAUGACUCUAGAGGACGGGAAGCACGAUGAGGCAGUAGCUUAG